CGUACCCCCGUCUUCGCAACCAGCUGCCAAAAGCACUGCGCAAAAUCAAAACAAAGGGCUCCGUGGUCCGUGCGUAAUAGAACCGAUCGUAAACAAUCAACCCAACAGGGACAGUGACUCAUCUGCAGCAGGAUGUUUUCAUUUUUUUCUAAAAACAAAAAGCCAAGCCCCACACAGAUCCCGUCGGAUCCGAUGCCCGGUGCGAUUCCCUCGGCGCAGGAUGAUUUUAUAUUCAUCGAACGGCGCGGUCAGCAACCAGCGGAUGAUGCCACCGGAACGAGUACACCAGCGGGAACACCAGCAGGAGGUGGACUGUAUCCUAGCGUGCCGGAACCGCCAGCGACCGGUGAACUGGCGGGGAAACCGGUCCCUGUUCGGCAACGCAGUGAUGAGAAGACUGGCCACGCACUGCACGGUGUCCCGUUUCGUUUGUCGGCGGACAUUGGCCAACCGUCAGAUAUGGAAAUUACACGCAUUCAGGCGAAUGAGAUACUCACCUACACAGCACGAGUAAUGUACGCACCGGACUACGACUUUAGUCUGGAACGGAGCGUGUUACAGGAUUGAACGCUGCCUUCAAAUAUUGUACGGCGAGAACAACGAUAAACCACUACUUCAAUUACGCUACUUAUUUGGAAAAUGCUGCCUAACUCCGCAUAAGAGAGGCUGGUUACAUGAUGGCGUACCCGUCUAAUAUUAAACGCAAUCAACUAUCAGCUUGAAAUACCAAUUACAUGUACGGAACACGAAUGUGAUGAUGCAUGAUGAAGGUUGAUGACGAUGAACAAUGCUGAAUAUUCAGUAACAACACCCAACGGACAACACAAACAAUAUACCAACAACGAUGAAUCCAUGAAUACAUUUGGCUGGUGUGCAGAGGCUAUUCGAGUUAAAAGUCGCCAAAUUAAAAACCAGCCAGUAGAAGCCAAAGUAGAGUAAGCAAACUGGUACAAUGUGUCACGUACAGCGCCGCAUCACCCACAUUUGGACAUUUUUAUUUUAGUUUACGAGUUAAAUCUGAUGAAUUAAGCUUACUUUUCAAUACGUGGA